AUGGUGGGGGUGACGGUGAUGAGGACAUGGAUUGAGCCAGUGGUCGCAGGUUCUCAAGUUGCCAGUGCCUUCUACGACACGGCACUGCUGCUGGUGGUGAAGAACUACUACAACCAGACCAACGCCACCGCUCCUUCCCAUGCACUGGAAGAUGCUCAGCAGAAGGCUGUCUCUGAUUUUUAUAUCAUCUACAACCUCGUCCUGGGCCUGAGCCCACUGGUAUCAGCCUAUGGCUUGUCCAAGCUGGGGGACAGGAUACAUCGGAAGAUCCCCAUCUGCUUCCCUCUUCUUGGCUACUUGGGCUCCAAAACUCUCCUGCUCCUGCUGAUCCUGCUGGGCUGGCCAAUCGAGGUGAUGUACGGGGCUGCUGCCUUCAAUGGGCUGACGGGCGGUUUCACCACGCUCUGGGCCGGCGUCAUGGCUCUGGGAUCCCUGAGAUCCUCUGAGAGCAGGAGGUCUCUGCGGCUUAUCAUUAUUGAGCUGGUGUAUGGCCUCUCUGGCUUUCUGGGAAGCAUGGCAUCUGGCUACCUCUUUGUUGGCUUCAGUGACCGCUAUCGAGAGGGCACUGUGCUGGUGGGCUGCAGCAUCGCCUGCUAUGCUUUCUGCCUCCUCUACAGCACUUUUGUCCUGACAGUCCCCAAGCCAGCAGCUUCCUGCCCAGCCAAAGGCAAGAGUACAGAGGAGGUGGGCAGCCAGCUACCAGCCCACAAAGAAGCAGCAGCAGCAGCAGGGAGUUCUCAACUUUCAAAGAGUAGUAGCUCCACUCCAGUAUCCCCCUCGAAACUCAUCAUCAUCAUGCUGUUUGUGGCAGCAGUCCUCUAUGACCUUGCUGUGGUGGGUGCAAUGAACAUACUCCCGCUCUUUUUGCUCAGGGAGCCUUUAAGUUGGAACGCUGUGCAGAUCGGCCAUGGCAAUGCUGCAGGGUAUGUGAUCUUCAUCACCAGCUUCCUAGGGGUAUUUGUGUUCUCCAAAUACCUGAGGGACAUUACCAUGAUCUUGAUCGGAGUGAUAUCCUUCAGCGCUGGCAUCCUCAUCAUGGCCUUCGUGCGGUGGACGUUCCUGUUCUACAUUGCACGGGCAGUGAUGCUUUUUGCCCUCAUCCCCUUACCAACCAUCAGGUCCAUGUUAUCCAAGCAUGUUGAAGGAUCAUCCUAUGGUAAGGUGUUUGUCCUGCUGCAGUUGUCUUUAGUCACCACGGGAGUAGUGACAUCUACAGUCUACAACAAGAUCUAUCAAAAUACACUGAACUGGUACAGCGGCUUCUGUUUCAUUUUGUCUUUUCUAGCUGGCUGCCUGAGUCUCCUCCCUUUAAGGUAA